UUUAUGUUGCCUAGCUUUCAUUUGCUUCUCUGAUCUUCAUCUCCCUCCGCCCUCUUCCAAUAAUUAACACUACGUACCUACCGGCCGGAAAAAUCUUUGCGCUAGCUUCCUGCAAAUUGCGGUGGUUCGGCGGCAGAAAUGGGCGGAGGAAGCUCUCCUUGCGCUUCCUGCAAAUUGCUAAGGCGCCGCUGCGCCAAAGACUGCAUUUUUGCCCCUUACUUCCCUCCCGAUGACCCUCACAAGUUCGCCAUUGUCCACAAGGUUUUCGGCGCAAGUAAUAUCAGCAAAAUGCUGCAGGAACUUCCGGUGAACCAGCGAGCCGACGCGGUGAGCAGCCUGGUAUACGAAGCGAAUGCGCGGAUGAGAGAUCCGGUGCACGGCUGCGUGGGCGCGAUUUCGUAUUUGCAGAACCAAGUUUCGCAGCUGCAAAUGCAGCUGGCGGUGGCUCAGGCCGAGAUACUAUGCAUCCAGAUGCAGCAGCAGCAGCAGCAAGAACCCGCCGCCAUCUUGCCGCCGCAACUCUACGGCGACGACAAAUCGUCGCUCCUUAUGUCCACAUCCGCCGCCGCGUUUACUUCCAACCUGGACAGCCUCCAGCAGCUGCAGUACCAGCUGGCGGGUUUCACCUCUUCCAGCAACGCCGCCGCCGCCGCCGCAGCGCAAGACCCUCUAAAACGAGAGUCUCUCUGGACUUGAUCGGACAUUAUAUAUGGAAG